GCGGCUGCCGCGGCUGGAGCUGAAGAAGGAGGCGGAGGCAGCCGCGACCGCGAGGGGAGGGGGAGUCCCGUCUGACUGAGACGGCAGGCCUGGGCGGGCGGGGGUGCCGCGCAGGGCGGAGCGCUGGGCUGGGGAUGAGCUAAGCGGGCUCAGAGCGCCGCGGUAUUCAGCCCCUCGUGUCCCGCCGCCGUGCGUGAGGGAUCUGGCGCCGCUCUCUAAGCUUGACCCGCUGCUUGCGCUGGGGCCAGCGGGGAGAUGUACUUUCUGUAAUGGAAGAUGAUUGAAGACAAGGGACCUCGGGUUGCUGACUACUUUGUUGUAGCAGGACUAACUGAUGUUUCAAAACCUCUUGAAGAAGAAAUUCACUUCAAUGAUGCCUGUCAUAAAGUAGCUAAACCAAAAGAACCUAUCACAGAUGUUUCAGUUAUUAUUAAAUCUCUUGGGGAAGAAGUACCACGGGAUUAUGUGUGCRUUGACGUUACUCCAACCGGACUGUCAGCGGAUCUCAAUAAUGGGAGUCUUGUGGGUCCCCAGAUUUACCUUUGUUAUAGAAGAGGAAGAGAUAAACCUCCACUUACAGACCUGGGGGUUUUAUAUGACUGGAAAGAAAGAUUGAAACAGGGUUGUGAAAUUAUUCAAAGUACUCCUUAUGGGCAUCCUGCAAAUAUUAGUGGCAGUACCUCAUCACAAAGGAUUUAUGUCACUUAUCGAAGAGCCUCUGAAAAUGUGACUCAGAAUACAUUGGCUGUCACAGACAUAUGUAUUAUUAUACCCAGUAAAGGAGAAAGUCCACCACACACAUUCUGCAAAGUCGACAAGAAUCUCAAUAAUAGUAUGUGGGGAUCUGCAGUGUACUUAUGUUAUAAGAAAUCGGUGGCAAAGACUAACACUAUAUCUUACAAAGCUGGUCUAAUUUGUAGAUACCCUCAAGAAGAUUACGAAUCAUUUUCACUACCAGAAUCUGUUCCCCUUUUUUGUUUACCAAUGGGUGCAACUAUUGAAUGUUGGCCAUCAAAUAGCAAAUACCCUCUCCCUGUGUUUUCUACAUUUGUGUUAACUGGAGCCUCAGCUGAAAAGGUUUAUGGUGCUGCUAUUCAGUUUUAUGAACCAUACUCCGAGGAGAAUCUCACAGAAAAACAGAGACUUCUUUUGGGUUUAGCACCCCUGGCAGAUGGGAAAUCAGAUAGUUCUAAAACAAUUCACACUAACAAAUGCAUCUGUCUUCUUUCUCACUGGCCUUUUUUUGAUGCAUUCAGGAAGUUUCUGACUUUUCUAUAUCGUUAUUCAAUCUCUGGACCUCAUGUCCUUCCAAUUGAGAAGCAUAUUUCUCAUUUUAUGCAUAAAGUUCCUUUUCCAUCUCCUCAGAGGCCACGGAUUUUAGUUCAGUUAUCACCACAUGAUAAUCUGAUUCUCAGUCAGCCUGUUUCUUCUCCUCUUCCACUAAGUGGUGGCAAAUUUUCAACACUACUUCAGAAUCUAGGUCCUGAAAACGCUGUGUCACUACUGGUGUUUGCAGUAACUGAACAUAAGAUUCUCAUCCAUUCCUUACGACCUUCUGUGCUUACUAGUGUAACAGAAGCAUUAGUGUCUAUGAUUUUCCCUUUCCACUGGCCAUGCCCAUAUGUUCCUCUCUGCCCACUGGCUUUAGCAGAUGUCUUGAGUGCACCAUGUCCAUUCAUAGUAGGGAUUGAUUCAAGAUACUUUGAUCUGUAUGAUCCUCCACCAGAUGUCAGUUGUGUUGACCUAGAUACCAACACCAUUUCUCAAACUGCUGACAAGAAGAAUGUAACUUGGAAGAUUCUUCCAAAGAAACCCUGUAAACAUCUGAUGAAUACACUGAAUAAUUUGCACCAGCAGCUGGCAAAAUUGCAGCAGAGACCAAGAGAAGAUGGACUAAUGGACUUAAYAAUGAAUGACUAUGAUUUUAAUUCUGGAAAGAGGUUGCAUAUGAUAGAUUUGGAAAUCCAAGAGGCAUUUUUGUUUUUUAUGGCCUCUAUUUUAAAAGGUUAUAGAGCAUAUUUAAGGCCAAUAACACAAGCCCCAUCUGAGACAGCAACAGAUGCAACCUCUCUUUUUGCCCUGCAAGCUUUCUUAAGAAGCCGGGACCGAUCACAUCAAAAGUUCUAUAACAUGAUGACCAAAACACAAAUGUUUAUUCGCUUCAUUGAAGAAUGUUCUUUUGUCAGUGAUAAAGAUGCAAGCUUGGCAUUUUUUGAUGAUUGUGUAGAUAAAGUCGAUAUGGACAAAAGUGGUGAAGUGCGACUCAUAGAAUUGGAUGAAUCUUUCAAAAGUGAACAUACUGUUUUCGUAACACCACCUGAGAUCCCACAUCUACCCAAUGGUGAAGAACCCCCUUUACAGUACAGCUAUAAUGGAUUUCCAGUUCUUAAGAACAAUUUAUUUGAGAGACCUGAAGGAUUUCUGCAAACACGAAAGAACAAAUUGCCUUCAAAAUCAAGUAGCCCUAGUAGCCCUUCUCCCAUGUUCAGAAGAACAAAACAGGAAAUUAAAUCAGCCCAUAAAAUUGCCAAGAGGUAUUCUUCUAUCCCUCAGAUGUGGUCUCGGUGUUUACUACGACACUGUUAUGGACUGUGGUUUAUUUGUCUGCCAGCUUAUGUGAAAGUGUGUCAUUCCAAAGUCAGGGCUCUGAAAACAGCAUAUGAUGUGCUAAAAAAAAUGCAUUUGAAGAAGAUGGAUCCACCUGAUGAGGUGUGCUACCGAAUUCUUAUGCAGCUGUGUGGACAGUAUGAUCAGCCUGUGCUUGCUGUUCGAGUGCUUUUUGAAAUGCAGAAAGCUGGUAUUGAUCCCAAUGCAAUUACUUAUGGUUACUAUAAUAAGGCUGUUUUGGAAAGUACCUGGCCUUCAAGAAGUCGUAGUGGCUAUUUUCUUUGGACAAAAGUAAGAAAUGUUAUUGUGGGAGUAGCACAGUUCAAAAGAGCUUUAAAGAAACAUGCCCACUUAUCACAAACAACUCUCUCAGAUGGCAGUGACCUGGAUGCUGUUAGUCAUGGCAGCAUGGAUAGUGGUCAUGGGACACACACUGUGGAGCAGGCACCUUUUAAUACGGGUUUAAUCAAAGUAUAUGCUACUGAUGAUAGAUCUAGUACAGGUGGUCAGUCUGAUCUUGGAUAUAAUUCAUUGUCUAAGGAUGAAGUUACAAGAGGGUAUACAUCUACUGAGGACAUUCAAGAAGAAAAAGAUAAAAAAGGGAGUGACUCUAGUUCUUUAUCAGAGAAUGAGAGUGCAAAAGGAAGUACUGAUUGCCUUCCUAAGCUCAGUUAUCAAAGUUCUUCCAGUAUAGUCCGCCUCAAUGGUACAAGUGACAACAGUGCUGUUAAAGUAUCAGGAGAAAGCACAGAAAGCACACCUGAGCUGGUCUUAAUGUCAUCUGUUGAGGAUACAAAUGAAACUGGAAACAUUCAAAGUAGAUGUUUCAGGAAAAGACAUAAAAGUGACAAUGAACCUGAUUUGGAGCAGCAAAUGGCCUGGGGAAAUAGAAAUCGUAAUCUUAGUGGAGGGGUACUGAUGGGAUUAAUGCUGAAUAGGAUUAAUCAAGAAGCAAACACUGGAAAUAUAGUUGAAAAAUUAGGAGCUGAUGCAAAAAUUCUUUCAAAUGUUAUCUCAAAAAGUACAAGACCAAAUAGUCUUGAUAUUGGAAAGCCAUCUUUAAGAUCAAAAAGGGACAGUCUAGAAAAAGAAUCCAGUGAUGAUGAUACACCUUUUGAUGGUUCUAACUGUUUGACAGAUAAAGUGGAUUCCCCUGUUAUUUUUGACUUAGAAGAUUUAGACAAUGAAACAGAUGGAUCAAAAGUGGGAUACAUUACUGCGCAAAAUCCCAAGAGGAUUCAACGUAUGAACAGUAGCUUUUCAGUAAAACCUUCUGAGAAAACUGAUGUUGUAACAGGAUUUGAUCCCCUCUCUCUUUUGGUUGCUGAGWCGGAACAGCACAAAGAAGAGGAGGARGAUGAAGAUGAUAGCAAAAGCAUUUCAACACCAUCUGCUCGGCGUGAUUUAGCUGAAGAAAUUGUGAUGUAUAUGAAUAACAUGAGCAGUCCUUUGACAAGUCGUACACCAAGCAUUGAUUUACAACGGGCAUGUGAUGAUAAGUCAACCAGUAAGAAAAGUCCAACACUGGUCAAGGCAUGCAGAAGAUCUAGCCUGCCUCCUAAUUCUCCUAGGCCAGUGAGACUUACCAAAUCUAAAAGUUACACAAAAAGCGAGGAGAGACCACGGGAUAGACUCUGGUCUUCUCCAGCCUUCUCACCUACUUGCCCAUUUAGGGAAGAAUCUCAAAAUACAUUAACUCAUUCAUCACCUUCAUUUAACUUAGAUACACUACUAGUACCUAAACUAGAUGUUCUAAGACACAGUAUGUUCACUGCUGGCAAAGGAGUUGCAGAGAAAGCAAGCAAGUGGUACUCAAGAUUCACCAUGUAUACCACAUCCUCUAAGGAUCAAAGUUCUGAUCGUACCAGUCUUUCUUCAGUGGGAGCCCAGGAUUCUGAAUCUACCUCUUUGACAGAUGAAGAUAUCUGCCAUGAGUUGGAAGGAGCUGUUUCCUCCCAAGAGAGCAGUGCCACUUCAGGGACCAAAGGAAUUGAUCUCAGUCGAGCAAGCCUGGAAAGUUCUGCCUCCCUAGAAGGAUCCCUGUCAAAGUUUGCCUUACCUGGGAAAUCAGAAAUGACAUCUUCCCUGAACACAAGUAAUGCAAAUAUCUUCCAGAACUAUGCAAUGGAGGUUCUCAUCUCAAGUUGUUCUCGAUGUAGAACUUGUGAUUGUCUCGUCCAUGAUGAGGAAAUCAUGGCUGGCUGGACAGCAGAUGAUUCAAAUCUCAAUACUACCUGCCCAUUCUGUGGCAAUCUUUUCUUACCUUUUCUGAAUAUUGAAAUAAGAGAUUUAAGACGACCUGGAAGAUACUUUUUGAAAUCAAGCCCCUCUACAGAAAGUACCCACUUUCCAUCUUCUUUUUCAAGUCAGGCAAAGCAGACUUGCAUUUCACCAUCAGCUUCUGGUCUUGACACAUCUGCUACCUCUGUUCAAGGGAAUUUUGAUCUAAAUAGCAAAUCUAAACUGGAGGAAAAUUCCUGUGCCCGAAGUAUUCAGAUUCCUGCUAAUAAAUCAAAAACAGCUAUAUCAAAAUGUCCAAUAUUUCCAAUGGCCAGAAGUAUUAGUACUUACGGCACCUUGGACAAAGAAGAUACUGGAAGACAGAAGCUAUUUCCUACGGGCAGCCUGCCAGCUACUUUACAAGGAGCAACAGAUUCUUUAGGAUUAGAAUGGCAUCUUCCAAGUCCAGAUCCUGUCACUGUUCCAUAUCUUAGUCCAUUAGUGGUAUGGAAAGAACUUGAGAGCUUAUUGGAAAAUGAAGGUGAUCAUGCAAUAACAGUGGCAGACUUUGUGGACCAUCAUCCUAUUGUUUUUUGGAACCUGGUGUGGUAUUUUAGACGUCUCGACUUGCCCAGUAACUUACCUGGAUUGAUUCUUUCUUCUGAGCAUUGUAAUAAGUAUUCGAAGAUUCCUCGCCACUGUAUGUCUGAAGAUAGUAAAUAUGUUUUAAUACAAAUGUUAUGGGACAAUAUGAAAUUACAUCAGGAUCCAGGGCAGCCUUUGUACAUCCUCUGGAAUGCCCACACCCAGAAGUAUCCAAUGGUUCAUUUAUUACAAAAAAAUGAUAACUCAUUUAACCAGGAACUAUUGAAAAGUAUGGUAAAAAGCAUUAAAAUGAAUGAUGUCUAUGGACCAAUGAGUCAGAUUUUAGAGACACUCAAUAAGUGUCCACAUUUUAAAAGACAGAGGAGUUUAUACAGAGAAAUACUAUUUCUUUCACUUGUGGCAYUAGGAAGAGAAAACAUUGAUAUAGAUGCAUUUGACAAAGAAUAUAAAAUGGCAUAUGAUCGUCUCACACCUAGUCAAGUCAAGAGUACACACAACUGUGAUAGACCACCAAGUACAGGAGUGAUGGAAUGUCGAAAAACCUUUGGAGAACCUUAUCUAUAAGAUGUGUGUGUGUGUGUGUGUGUGUGUGUGUGUGUGUGUGUGUGUGUGUGUGUACAUUCAGUAUAUAUUGUAUAGUUAUUGUACAAAGUAAUUUCACUUUUAGACUCUAAACAUUUUUUCUCCGAUUUUUGAGAAUGCAAUUGUAAAUGGUUCAGAAAGUUCAGAGCACUUCUGUACUGAAUGUUUUCAGAAGAGGAUAGUAACAAAUAGGGAGAGAACCACUUUGUUUCCCAUUUCUUUUCUCUUUAACUUCCUGUAAUAAGUAAUUAAGUAUUUUUGCAAUGACAAAAUMUCUUAACAAAAUUGGUUGCCAUAAAAUAUGACAACUGUCUUAUGAUUUCUCUUAGAAGAGACAGAAAAAUCAUGUAUGGAACCUAAACAGAAAUGUAAGAUUAAAGUAUGUUUUGUUUUCAUAGACUCUUCAAAUGUUUUGACCAUGAAGUUAUAUUAUACAUAUUUUAAAUUGUUUAUAGUAAGUUGAUAUUUUUUUAAUUUUUAAAUUUAAUAUAGCAAAGUUAAAAUGAAUUUAAACUUAUGAAGCAAGUGUUUAUUUUCCUUGU